CCUGGUUGUUUAGAGUCGUAGCAGCGGCCGCAGAUGACGCACUGACUUCGGCUGUGGAGCGCGAACAAACAUGGCUCCUUUCCCGGACGAGGUGGAUGUUUUUACCGGACCACACUGGCGUAUGAAGCAGCUGGUGGGCCUAUACUGCGAAAAGCUCUCAAAAACCAACUUCUCCAACAACAAUGACUUCCGCUCCUUCCUCCAGUCGCUGUGCGCCACCUUCAAGGAGUUCAAGAUGCACGAGCAGAUCGAGAACGAGUACAUCAUCGGUUUGCUGCAGCAGCGCUGCUGCACCGUCUACAACGUGCAUGCGGGCAACAAACUCUCCGAGAUGCUGUCCCUCUUUGAGAAGGGACUGCACAGCGUCAAGAGUGAAUAUGAGCAGCUUAACUAUGUGCAGCAGCUGAAGGAGCGACUCGAGGCGUUCACGCAGGAUUUUCUGCCCCACAUGAAGGAAGAGGAAGAGGUGUUUCAGCCCAUGCUGAUGGAAUACUUCACCUACGAGGAGCUGAAGGACAUCAAGAAGCAGGUGAUCGCUCAGCACUGCAGUCAGCAGCAGUGGGACUGUGCUGCAGAGGUCCUGAAGGGUUUCAGUCUGUGGCGUCAGGCUGAGCUGCAGAAAGCCUUCAAAUACACCGACCACGAGAAGGCCGACUACGAACUGGAAAAGAAAAGUGACCCCUGCACUCACAUCUGUCAGAUGCCUACAGAAAUCCUCCUGAGACUGUUCCGGUACCUGAGUCCUCAGGACCUGUGUCGCUGCAGUCAGGUGUGCAGCUCGUGGUCAGAGCUGGCUGUGACCGGUUCUCUGUGGAGACACCUGUACCCCGUACGCUGGGCCCGAGGCGAUUACUGCAGUGGUCCACCGGGGGAGCUAGACCAGGAGCCUGACGACGAGUGGGUGACGAGUCGGCAGAACGAGGGCCGGGCGUAUCAGGAGUGGGACGAGGACGCCGAUGUGGACGAGUCUGACGAGUCGGGUCACACGCCGGGUUCUCUGGCCAUCAACACGGCUCGCAGAGAGAAGUGGCUUCUGAACGGGAUCAUCCAGAACCUUCUGCCCGCCGUGGGAGUGUCUGUGAAGUCCGUUGUUCUGGCGUACAGUUCCACAGUCUCCAGUAAAAUGGUUCGUCAAAUCCUCAGACUUUGUCCCAACAUCACUCACCUGGAUCUGACCCAGACCGAUGUUACUGAUUCUGCUUUUGACAGCUGGUCCUCUGUCGGAGCACGUCUCUCUCUGGAGCACCUGGAUCUGUCGGGGUGCGACAAGCUCACUGAUCACACCCUGAAGAAGCUGUCCAUCGGCCUGGGCGACCUCACGUCUCCCGUCUGCUUCGACAGGCGCCUGGAGCGGCGAGCCAAGCUCCUGAAAAGCCCCACCGUCCCCAUCGCGUUGCUGGACGAGAGACACCUGCACCCACUGGGACGUAAGCGGCAGGCCAUCGUUUUCAAGCAGGGGGACAGACGCUGGAGCUCCGCCUGCACGCCCACGCACGUCUGGGUCCUGGACUCGUCGGACCUGGCCGACAUCGAGGACGCCGCCGAGUGGAGCCGCCGCGGCGGGAUGCCGCUCCCAGACACAGAGAGCUUUGUGGAGACGCAGCUGAUGGGAGGUUUGUGCUCCUGCAGGAGGAGGCACAGGAACAGGACUGAGUCAAGUGCCCUCUACCUGCAGCAGCAGCAGCACACGGUGUCAACAGAGAUGCUGUGUGGUCACUCCACCUGCUGCUCCACAGACACGGCCCUCAGGACUUUAGUUGGGCCUCAGAGUGAAUCGGGCUCCGGCAGAAACGUCACUGCACAGUUUCGGACUAAAUGCUCCUCGUUUGGAGAGGUGCGGUGUCUGGAGCCCGAGAACAGGACUGACCAAUCAGAGGCCAGACGCUCGCUGAAAUUCCUCAGCCUCUCCGGAUGUUACCAAGUCACAGACUCUGGAUUGAGGGCUCUGUCCCAGCGUGGAGGGCUCCCCCUGCUGGAGCAUCUGAACCUGUCCGGCUGCCUCUUCAUCACAGAGGUGGGGUUGCAGGAGCUGGUGUCGGCCUGUCCCUCCCUCAACGACGAACACUUCUAUUACUGCGACAACAUCAACGGUCCUCACGCAGACACGGCGAGCGGCUGUCAGAAUCUUCAGUGCGGCUUCAGAGCUUGCUGUCGCUCAGGAGAGUGACUCCGCCCCCUUGCCCCCACCACAUGCCCCUCCCCUUCUCCUAAAUAAAACAAAACUUGUCACGUCUCCUUUUUUCUUGCACUUUAUCACGGGGAAAAAAACAUGGGCUGUAUUUUUGUGUCGCGUCAAAGAAAAAAAGUUUCUUGAUGAAACUGUAACGUUAGUUUCCACGGAAACCAAAUCCUUUACGUAAGGAAGGCGAACAUCCCGCUGCCUUUUUCCUGUUUAUGGAAAAAUAAAAAACAAUAACUUGUUUAUAUUUAGUUUGUUUUCUGUGUUUUUGUUUUGUUUGUUUUUCAUUAAACUUUAUUGACUUUGCUUCUCUACAGUUCACAAUCAGAUCAUGUGACAUCAUCACUGUUUUCAUGAUGUGGGAAAAUUAAACAGGAGUUCACUUUUGUCAUGGUGAUUGAUUAUCAGACAGGAAGUCGAUAAUUGAUUAUUCUGGAGCUGCAACAAUUGAUAUUGAACUUAUUAAAUGAAACUAUUAUGACUGA